ACAUAACUUCCGGAUUUGACAACAACUUCCGGAAGAUACCGGCGAAAUAUCUGGAAGUAGCUCAAUUUAUCCGCUCGAAUCGUUCAUUUACAUGUAAUCAUGUUAAAAAGAAAUCAGUUAACAUUCCUUAUUUGUGCUUUGUUGGUUGUUUGCAAUAAUGCAUUUGCAAGGCAAGAUACAAUUAACAACGAUUUAACAAUAACUGAAGUUGACAGAAAAAUUGACAUCUCGACCCAUCUUGUAAAGAUAACCUCAGCUGUCACCGUUGAAAAUGGAGGAAAGUCAUCCACAGGGUACUUCUUAGUGCCAAUUGAUACUUCGCUACAGAAUUUCCUGUCGUAUGCAGGAGCAUCAAUCAAAGGAGAUGGAGAUGAUAAAGCUUCACCACUUACAGUUACACAGACAACAGUAUCAGGGCAUAGUGACAAACAGUUUUGGAGGGUGAACUUCCCAUCGGCUUUGGAAACAGGAAAGUCUAUCACUGUCAAGGUGGACUCUGUCUAUGCACAUGCUCUGACUCCAUUCCCUCGUCAGGUGACACAAGCAGAGAAACAGUAUGUUGUGUUCAGUGGAAAUCUGUAUUUGUUCUCACCAUACAAGGUCAAAUCACAGACAACAACAGUUACAACAGCUUCAAGCACAAUAGAGUCCUACACAAAAACUAAACCAGUCUCCCAGAGUGAGAGUACCAUCACUUACGGACCAUAUGAAAAUAAGGCCCCAUUUUCUGAGGCUGAAUUGAGAGUGCAUUCCGAAAACAACGCACCAUUCCUGACAAUCACAAGUAUGGAGCGUGUAAUAGAGGUAUCUCACUGGGGAAACAUUGCUGUAGAGGAACAUAUUGAGAUCAGGCAUACUGGGGCAGAACUGAAGGGACCAUUCUCAAGAUAUGACUACCAGAGACAGGCUGAGGGUGCAUCUGUGAAAUCAUUUAAGACAAUCUUGCCAGCUGCCGCUAGGGAUGUUUACUAUCGUGAUGAAAUUGGUAACAUUUCUACAAGUGCCAUGAGGGAAAUGGAGGAUAUGGUGGAAGUUGAGCUGCGUCCGAGGUUUCCGCUGUUUGGUGGAUGGAAGACUAAAUACACUAUCGGAUACAAUGUACCGAGUUAUCAGUAUCUUUUCAACAGUGGUGAUAAUUAUGCCUUGAAGAUGAGAUUUGUUGACCAUAUAUUUGAUGAUGUUGUCAUUGACCAAAUCACCUUCAAAAUUAUCUUGCCAGAAGGAGCUUCGAAAAUGGAUUUGAAGACACCAUUUAGUGUUAAGAAGGGACAGAGUGAAGUACAUUAUACCUACCUGGACACCGUUGGUCGCCCAGUGAUUGUGGCCUACAAAAACAACCUUGUUGAGGAGCACAUCCAGGAUUUUGAGCUUCACUACAACUUCCAGAAGUUACGUCUGCUGCAAGAGCCAUUGUUGGUUGUUGGGGCAUUCUAUCUGCUAUUCUUGCUGGUUAUCAUAUAUGUCAGGAUGGACUUCUCUAUCACCAAGGACGAAGCCAAGGAAAGUAAGAUGCGUGUUGCCAGUCUUGUUGAGGAGGUACAGAGUGCCCAGGACAAGCGCAGCGCCCUCUACCAGAGCUACGACGAUGCCAUUGACAAGUUUAAAGCUGGCAAGGACCACAGUAACUUCACGUCUCAACGGAAGAAAAUAGACGGCGAUUAUAAACAGCUAACUAGUCAGAUACAGAAUCUACAGGCGCAGCUAAAAACUGAAGGGUCAGACCUAAGUGAAAAGGUUGCUGAACUGAACCGCUUGGACCACCAGUACAAGGACCAGAUCAAUCUACAGAUCACAUACGCUGAGAAACUUGUCAACGGCAAGUUCAGUAAACAGCAAUACCUUGACAAUGAGAAGUCCAUUACAGACAAGCGUGAUGAACUGUAUCGUAAAAUGGAUGAACUUUCAUCUAGUCUACAAUAACAUAGGAAUGAAAUGCAACAUUCAUUGUGAUUAUUUUAAAUAUGGUAUGCUUAAAAUGUACUGAAUAGCGAACAGUGCAGACAAUGAUCAGCCUGCGCGGAUGUGCAGGCUAAUCUUGGUCUGAACUGGUUGCAAAGGCAAUAACACUUGCCGCAAGCAGGCUAAAGGUUAAUUAGAUAUCAUUGAUUGUACCUCUGUCGUAAAAGCAAGCAGUACUUUGUUGAAAGAAUGUUUCAGAAUGAUAAAUAUAUUGGAUUUAACAGGGAUUGUGCAAAUGUUUUUUUUUAACUGAAAAGAAAAUACUCUGAAAGUAAAGUUAUAUAGAAAAUAAAUGAACAAUUUAACCUGUUCCAAAAUAUACAAUAUUUAAGACUUUAUUUCAGGUACUCUUAAAGACCAAAGAAUAUUUUUCUUCUAUUUAAAGCUUUAAUGAUGGAAAUAUGAAUGCUUUGUGUUUGCAUAUACUAUUUCUGUGAUCUGAUAGAAUAGUUCCGUAAUAAGUUUUACCAUUAUGAAUGUUGCAUUUUGUUUCCUAUAGAUAUUUAGAAUAUUUCAAUUUUAUAAGCCAAAUAUUGUGCAGAUGUUCCACUGUUGAUGUUAAUGUUGUUGUGUAGAUUACAAGCAACUCUUUGCUGUUUAUUCUUCAAUUAUUUUUCUUCAAGAAACUGCAGUUCUAGCAAGUAUGAGAAUUUAGAGUCGUUAAGAAUUUCUGGAGAUUGUGAAUUUAUUGAACCCGACAUGAAUGUCUCUCAGUUCCAUGUAUUAAGAGAAAUAACUCGAGGAUUUCAAGGAUUAGACUGCAGAUUUAUGUUUAUAUAUAAUAACUAUGACAAAAAACCGUGUUUAAAUGUUCUCCAGGAAGGGUUUCAGGUUUUUCUAAGUCUUGCUUUGCAUGUUGUAAGUAGAAGUAUGUUUGUGUAUUAACAGUGGAUUCAAAUAAAGACAUUAAAAAUUA